GGUGGGGACAGUCAUAGGCUAAUUAAUUAUUUGUGUUUCUAAGUUGUGAUAGGUAUGCAUGACUCUAAGUUGACUGCUACGUCUAUGAAUUUAUUUUGGUCAACGAGGUUAAUUAAUCUGCUUAUGAGUUAUGAGCUUCAAGAGGGAUAUUCAUGUGCAUGUGCAUGAUUGAAGAGGAUGACCAAUAUGCAGCGAGUGGUUUCAUCUUUCAUGUCUUUGUUUCUUAUUCUUUGGAUGUUUGUGGUGCUUGACUUAGUGAUCAAGGUUUCUGGCAACGCAGAAGGUGAUGCUCUGAUGGCAUUGAAGAACAAUAUGAUUGAUCCUAGUGAUGCUCUUCGUAGCUGGGAUGCUACCCUUGUCCAUCCUUGCACAUGGUUACAUGUUUUUUGCAACAGUGAAAAUAGCGUAACUCGUGUUGAUCUUGGAAAUGAAAACCUUUCGGGUCAACUUGUUCCACAGCUUGGUCAGCUCCCAAAUUUGGAAUACUUGGAACUUUAUAGUAAUAAUAUAACUGGGGAAAUCCCAGUAGAGCUUGGAAGUUUGACAAACUUGGUGAGCUUGGAUCUUUACUUGAACAAAAUUACUGGUCCCAUUCCAGAUGGAUUGGCCAACCUUAAAAAAUUAAAAUCCCUGCGUCUCAACAAUAACAGCUUGUCAGGAAACAUUCCUGUGGGUUUGACCACUAUUAAUUCACUGCAAGUGCUGGAUUUAGCAAACAAUAACUUAACAGGAAAUGUCCCAGUCUAUGGUUCUUUUUCAAUUUUUACUCCCAUCAGUUUUAAAAAUAAUCCUUUCUUGUAUCAAACCACUCCAGUUACACCAGCUGCUACACCGCAACAAAAUCCUUCAGGUAAUGGUAUCACAGCCAUUGGAGUCAUUGCAGGAGGAGUUGCUGUGGGUGCUGCACUGUUGUUUGCAUCCCCAGUAAUUGCAAUUGUUUACUGGAAUAGAAGGAAGCCACCGGAUGAUUACUUUGAUGUUGCAGCUGAGGAGGAUCCUGAAGUUAGCUUUGGUCAGCUUAAAAAGUUUUCACUGCCUGAACUGCGGAUUGCAACAGAUAACUUUAGUAACAACAAUAUUCUUGGUAAAGGUGGAUAUGGCAAGGUUUAUAUAGGACGUUUAACAAAUGGUGGUAAUGUAGCAGUAAAAAGACUUAACCCUGAACGCAUCCGAGGCGAGGAUAAGCAAUUUAAAAGAGAAGUGGAAAUGAUCAGCAUGGCUGUGCAUCGAAAUUUGCUUCGCCUGAUUGGUUUUUGUAUGACGUCUUCUGAACGCUUGCUUGUGUAUCCUUUAAUGGUUAAUGGAAGUUUAGAGUCAUGUUUACGAGAGCCUUCGGAAUCAAAACCACCACUUGAAUGGCCGAUGCGGAAGCGUAUUGCUCUGGGAGCUGCUAGGGGGCUUGCUUAUUUGCAUGAUCAUUGUGACCCAAAGAUUAUUCAUCGUGAUGUCAAAGCUGCUAACAUAUUGUUGGAUGACGAAUUUGAAGCAGUUGUAGGAGAUUUUGGUUUAGCAAGGAUUAUGGAUUACCAAAAUACUCAUGUUACUACUGCUGUAUGCGGUACGCAUGGCCAUAUAGCACCAGAGUAUCUCACAACUGGAAGGUCUUCAGAGAAGACUGAUGUUUUUGGAUAUGGCAUGAUGCUUCUUGAAAUAAUAACUGGACAGAGGGCUUUUGAUUUAGCACGAUUCGCCAGGGAUGAGGAUAUCAUGUUGCUUGAAUGGGUGAAAGUACUUGUGAAAGACAAGAAGUUGGAGACACUGGUGGAUGCAAAUUUACGGGGAAAUUGUGAUAUAGAGGAAGUAGAGGAGUUGAUCCGGGUGGCCUUGAUAUGCACACAAAGGUCCCCUUAUGAAAGACCAAAGAUGUCUGAGGUGGUGAGAAUGCUGGAGGGUGAAGGUUUGGCAGAAAAGUGGGAUGAAUGGUUGAAUAUGCAAGAGGAUAUACAAAAUUUCACCUUCAAUCUCUGCACUCCUUAUGACUCAAAUCCAAAUAUUCAACCAGAUGUUCUGUCAGGUCCUAGAUGAUCUUUGAAGGGAGAAACAUUUUGAAUAAUGAAACAUUUAGCAAGGGAAGAGACGCAUUGUAGAAACAAAUAGUUUUCUCUAAAAGCUGCAAAAUGUUGGUUUAGUGCAUCUUAUAACUAGUUUGCCAUGCAGUGGUGAAUAACAUCCUGUGUCUAAACAUUCCUAAGUCUUUGAUCACCGUUACUUCACUGCAUUUUCAAUAAGUGUUUGUCCUACAUUUUGAAUAGGUUCUUCAUGAAGACAUGAACUGUAGAUGCCGGGUUAUAUGUAGUUAGUCUCAUAUUUUUUAGGUGUAUAACCGGACACUGGCUGUUGUGGGUGGGGGAAUAUAUAGUGAUUUAUGGUCUACCAGUUAAAAGGAGAUGUCCGAGUGAGUGGUAGUUAUUUACUCCCAUCAAGUUGGUGCAAAUACUUUUGUUUAUAACUAGUAUUAUAAUUAAGGGAUGAGAUAUAAUUUUUUAGUA